AUGGCGAUUGCGAAAUGUUGGGACAACGGAUAUAGCUGGUUGUUGGUGCAGGACCAUGCGGAACAGUGUGCCAUCUCAGUCAGGUUGUUGUCCGUGCUGAGGCUCAACGAGGACACGCCGGUCGUCGUCUUGAUAUGCAAGCCAAUAUACCCUACCCCUGGCCCCACGGGCAUCAUCAAUGCGACGCCUCUCGGACAGACGCUCCUGCUCAAGCUGCUGUCCAUCAACAAGAAACUGCUGCCUCCCACAUAUGCGCCACAGAGGGAGUCCACGGAGCAGAAGUUCCAUGUCUCCUUCCUCCUCCCGUUCGGUCCGCUCGGCUACGAGGACAUAGGAAAGCUUAACAAGGACACAGGCUGUGUUCUUUGCGGGCGCAAGACAGCGAGCCGUUGUAGGCAAUGCCAAUCUGUGUCCUACUGCGGAGCAGAUUGCCAGAAGGCGGACUGGCCUGACCACAAACAUGCCUGUCGAACCCUCAAAGGUGGAACUUGGCGUACUCUUCCCUUCUUGACCGUGUUGCCCGGCAGGGAAGGCAUGUUUGCGACCAGGAUCAAUAGGUUCUCCCAGGCGAGCGAUAUGCGCCCUAAUGCCAUGCCCGAGGACCCAAAUGUCGCCCCAUCAAACACACACGGUGACCACCUCUUCCUCGUGAAGAUCCUGAUAGAGGCGAUGACGCGAGAUCAUCUCGUGAUCUACGACAGGCAGGGCUCCAUCAUGGUGUACUUUGUGAAGGGCAAGAAUCCGGGGUUGUUUGACGAGAUGGAGAGGGAGAUGCGUGGCCCGCGGGAAGGUAUGGUGGGCUGA